AUGAGGGUCACUGAGAGGCUGCUGCUGAACAGAGACAUCAACAAGUACUGCAGAUUCAUCUGGAGGAACAGCAGCAGCGCUAACUAUAACAGGUGUGGUAGAGCCAAUGAGAAGUACAGAACCGAGAGCUGUCUGGGUGUGACAAUCCCAGAUGACCACCUGAGUGGCUAUGUUGUCUAUCCACAUCCUGACCAGCCAAGCCUGAAAGUGCUCAAACCAGAUGGGCCGGGGGUCCCUGACACUGACUUCCUGCUCUACGUGCUCACACAGAGCACUGAUAAAUGCAGAGCUGAUUCCAGUGUGCUGGCCUAUUCUGCACACUGUCAGACGGAUGCAGAGGGGCGACCUGUGGCGGGGGUCAUGAUCAUCUGCAAAGAGCCACUGGCCCUGACGGGGUUCAGUCAUGAACGCGUGGUGCAGAUGGUGAUCCAUGAGCUGUUCCACAUGCUGGGUUUCAGUAGAGAACUUUUCAGCACAUGGAGAGACUGUUUCCUCACCUCUCAGAGUGUGGGCUGGUGCUCUCAUGGUCAUGUGACCAACACAGAUGAGACAGGACAGAUGAGGCUUUACUCUCCUAGUGUGAUAAAAGCUCUACAUACACACUUCAACUCUACACACACUGAACUGGGAGCUCCGCUGGAGAACCAGGAUGCUGGUGUUGGUGGUCUUUCUUCUCACUGGGAGGCUCGGGUUCUGCAAGGUUCUAUCAUGACAGCUGCACUGGCAGAACCCUCUCUGGUCCGGAUUGACCUGGUUACUCUCUCUGCCCUGCAGGACACAGGGUGGUACUCAGUCAACCUCAGCCGAGCCCAGAGUCUGGUGUGGGGAGGGGGUGAAGGUGCUCUGUUUGGAUCUCUUUCCACCUGCAAGUUCUCAUCUUUCUUCUGUACUGGCAGUGGACUGGGCUGCCAUUACCUUCAUCUCCACAAGGGGGAGUGCCAGAGUGAUGAGUAUUUAGAGGGCUGUCGCAUUUAUAAACCUUUGGCCAAUGGUAGUGAGUGUUGGAAAGAAGAGAAUGAAAGAGGGAAUGGGGCAGAGGAGUGGCGUGGAGAAAUCUAUUGCUCAGACAGCCGCUGUUUCCUCUCCAGCCUCAUCAGAGAGGAUCAUUUCUCCCUCAGUGUAUCUGUGGCAGGCUGCUGUUACAGACACAAGUGCACUGGGAGGAACAUGUAUCAGAUCCAGGUGGAGGGUUCUGAUUGGCUCAACUGUCCUGCAGGUGAGAGUAUUGAGGUAACUCAGGUGACUGGUUAUCGGGGUGUCGUUUACUGUCCAGACAAGAGAUUAUGUCAUUACCAUGAUGUCAAUCCUCCAGUCUCUUCUCACAAACCCCUUCUUUCAGCUCAGCUUUCUGCUGCAUCCACAUCCAGUGAGAGAGACCACACUCAAAUGACUUCUCCAUCCAGCCUGAACUCUGACCCUGCUCUUCACUUCUCCACCUCCACAUCAACAUUCAGGACGCUGAUGAAGUGA